UGGCGAAUCACAGUAAAAAGUUUUGUUCUAAAAAUUUUUUGUUUCAAACAUGGUGGUAGGUGCAUUUCCUAUUGCAAAAUUGGGUAUGCUAACGGUAAGGCACAUUAGCAAGCCGGUCAGCAACUUAAUAAAACGUAGUGCCAGGUCGAAUCAAUUUGUUAAGAAUUUCGUUUGCACUCCUCCGGCUCAAUUAUACAAUUGGCUGGAGGUUAGGGGUAAAAUGCUAAUGUUGAGGAUGAAGCAGCCAAAGCGGGUGCCACCUCUUAACGACGCCAUGGCCAUAGAAGUGGGCGGAGAUAUACUCGGGGAGCUUAUUAUAUUUAUUAUUGGCGUCAGUCUAAUUAUGUUGGAAUUCUCGCGGCAAGCACGAAAUGAAAGAAAGAAACAAAACGACGAAAUUGAAGAAAAAGAAGAGCUUCGAAGGCAAAUAGCGAAGAUGAAGAUUCGUAUUUGUCAGCAGGCAAAGGAAAUAAAGAAGCUCAAGGAGAAACUGGGCUCUAUUGAAGCUAGCGUCGACCAGGAAUGUUAUUAAAUUAUUUAUUAUAAAUGCCCAUUGUGCCUAUCUGUUGGCUGAUGUAACCGAAAAUUAAUUCCCCAAAAGCAAACAAGACCGACAAUUAUUGGGAAAGUGCACCUCAGCCAUAAAUAUUUCAAAAUUGAUUAUACUUGUGUUAGCAAAGGUUAUGCAAAAUUAUUUAUUGUAAAGCAUAUAUAAAUGAAAAGUCCGACAAGCCAUUUGCCCAUCUUUAUACAUACAUAGUAUAUGUACAUGAAUAUGUAUACAAACGUGGGUAUAGACUUAUCUGACUUUUAAAAUAUAAAUAACCAAAUGCG